GAAACCAAUUGUAAGAAACCAAUAAGAUAAAAAUAUUUACUCUCCCCGGUGAAAAGUAUGCUUCUCUUGGCUCCCCGCGGUUACACCAGGGUCACGAGAGUCCCCUCGGCACACCUGCCCCCUCUGAAGGGUCAGAGACUUUCUCCCACCACGUGGCUGUUUGCCAGCUACGAUGUGUGGAUUUCUAGGCAAGUGCUAUGAGGACUGUCAGGACCGACCGCUUUUCUCAUGAUUUCUCUGCUGCUUCCGCUUCCUCCAGCUCUGCCCCCACACUUCUUGAAACUUUUCCUGGAGCAGGAGAAAAUGAACACAUCCCAGGGAUCGGUGUUGUUCGAAGAUGUAUCUGUGGACUUCACCCUGAAGGAGUGGCGGCUGCUGGACCUGGCCCAGAGGCUCCUGUGCAGGGAUGUGAUGCUGGAGAACUACGGGCACCUGGUGUCCCUGGGGCCUGAACCUUCAGCAACUUUGCCAAGCCCCAUGUCAUUUCCCACAACAGGGCGCUGUGUCACCGGACCUGAGCUGAUAUUCAAGCUGGAGCAAGGAGAAGAGCCAUGGGUACCAAGGAGGGAACUCCCCAGUCACAGCCCCCCAGGCGAGUUAACGAAGGUAGACAGAAGGCAGCUGGUGGACAUUGGAUCCCAAAUGGCCAGUUCAGGGUAUUUUUCAAAUGUUUUAGAAAUCUCUUCUAUUUUUUUUAAGUUUAUAUAUUUCUUUUGAGAGAGAGAGCAAGCGGG